UAAAUGAUUUCAGAUAAAUUGCGUGUAUAUAAUUAUUACUUGUUUUAAUAACUACAAAGGCGUACUUUUGUUAUUUAAACGAUAUCUUAUUAAGAUUGUUUCAUGCACAUACAACCCUUCUCUAGCUAUUAACAAAUCAGCUGUAGGCUAUUAUAAAUUUUCGUUUAGUUCGCUUUAUUUGCAAUUUUUGUUUUGUUGCUGCCUUUUCAAUCGAACCCAAGCAAGUGGCAUGUAAAACGCGUAUGACUUGUGACAGCAUUGUAUAGUGAUAAAGAAAUUUUUUGUGUUAGCGCAUGUGAAAAUUGAAAGGGUUACGUAUGCAUAUUUCGCGAAUUACUUGCCUACAAUUGGAUUUUUUGAAUUUUGAAUUUGAAUUGCAUUUAAAGUACAGCGGAAGUAGUUCAACGCAACGGAUAUUGUGCAAGUGCAGCGGAUGCAUUUAAAAUACUAAAGGCAUUAAUAUGAACGAUAUGUUGCCGAACAGGCCAACUCUCAAUGGAACACAAACAGGUGUGGCCCAAACGGCCGCCACUCAAUUUGCAACGCAACCACCCAGAGCUUGUGCACAGAUGACAAAUCAAAGGACCAUUGCCGAACCUUUACAUAUUCAACGGCUAGAAGCGGCACUUAACAUGAAACCUUUUAUGGAAUACGUACGCCAAAUUUUGUCAAAACCUUUGAGCAGUGGUGAGGACUCCAUCGCCACGGAAGAAGAUGAAGCGAAUAGAGGUGGUACAGAUAAUUCAGAAGAGGAGGGAGGGGGUACUCGGAAAAAACGUCAUAGAUUGCUGGGUACUAAAGAAGAUCGCCAAAGCGCCAAAAUGCAUUUAUUUAACUUUAACGAUAUGACAAGUGAUCGCGAGUGGUUGUACGAGGCGUUACUUAGUGACACCGAUACAGAAACAGAAAUAAGUGAUGAAGAUGACUACAUCAAGGAAUUGCUUAAGACUCAUAUAUUUGAGCAGAAACAUCGCGAAAACUUUUAUAAAAAGACAACGAAUACCCAAUAUGCAUACUAUGGCGCCGGUAUGUUAUCCAAUCAUGAUAUGUUUCCUGAGCACCAACAGUCUAUAGUAGGCGUCCGUAAACGCAAACGACGCACUAAGAAAGAGAAACCAAUUAAGCCGCCAAAAAUGCCAAAAGAGCCUAAGGUGCGUAAACCAAGAAAGCCUAAGAUCGAACAACCUGAGCCUGGUGAAAUUCCACCCUCUGAAUUAACCAACUAUGCCUUCGGUGACACUUCGGCUGUAAAUGAUGAUGAAGACGACAUUACCGAUGAGAUGGAUAGCACAUUAGACACCAAUCUGUCGCAGUUGCCACCGACUGGAGUGCCUCAUAGCGGUCGGGGACGACGUCGCAGGAGUCAGCAACUGCGUACACCCGAAGUAAUGGCUGCUCGCCGUAAACGUGUUUGGCAAUUAAUGGCUAAAAAGGAACUUGGACGUUGCCAACGCGGUAAAGCAAAUAAUCACAAGGAAGUACUACAGAAUUGCAAACGUGUUGCCACAAUGUGUUCGAAGGUCGUGAGACAACGUGCAAUGAUAUCACAAAAAGUUAUGAAGGAAACUGUUUGGCGCGCCAAACGUUUAACUCGUGAAAUGAUGGGAUACUGGAAGCGCUAUGAACGUGUGGAACGAGAUACUCGCCGGCGCAUGGAGCGUGAAGCAGAGGAGCAACGGAAAAUGGACGUAGAGAUCAUAGAGGCCAAACGACAGCAGAGAAAAUUAAAUUUCCUCAUAACUCAAACGGAGUUAUAUGCGCAUUUCAUGUCCAAAAAACUUGGCCAAGGUACCGAAGAGGAGCAAUUACGUAUAUUGAACCAACUAGACGAAGAAAUCAAUCCACGGUUGGCUGCAUACGAUGAUUAUGAUGCUGAUCAUUACAAGUCGUUGGCUCAAAAGAACGCCGAGCUUGCCUUUUCAGCCGAUCGUGACAAGACUCGACGUUUUGAUGUAUCUGCACAUCUAAAGCUGGAGAAGGCAGAAGCAAAUACUAGUUCCUUGACGGAUGUUAAGAAAGAAGAUGAUGAUAUAGAUAUGUCUUCUAUUGUGACAGCAGCUAAAGCAGAUGUGCCUCAACCGAAUAUGUUUAAGGGUACACUAAAGACGUACCAAAUAAAGGGCGUCACUUGGCUGGCAAACCUUUACGAUCAAGGCAUUAGCGGCAUACUUGCCGAUGAAAUGGGUCUCGGUAAAACUGUACAAUCAAUUGCAUUUCUCUGCCAUGUUGCUGAGCAUUACGGCGUCUGGGGUCCGUUUUUGAUUAUUUCACCGGCGUCCACAUUACAUAAUUGGCAGCAGGAAAUGCAGCGUUUUGUGCCCGAUUUUAAUGUGGUGCCAUAUUGGGGAUCACCAAAUGAACGUAAAAUUCUUCGACAAUUUUGGGAGCAGAAAGAUUUACAUACUCGUGAAGCUAGCUUUCAUGUAGUUAUCACGUCGUAUCAAUUAAUCGUAUCCGAUUACAAAUACUUCAAUCGCAUUAAGUGGCAGUACAUGGUGUUGGACGAGGCGCAAGCCAUAAAGAGCGCUUCUUCAAUGCGUUGGAAAUUAUUACUCGGCUUCAGUUGUCGCAAUCGGUUAUUGCUUAGUGGCACACCGAUACAAAAUAGUAUGGCUGAACUAUGGGCACUCUUGCAUUUCAUUAUGCCAACACUCUUCGACUCGCAUGACGAAUUCAAUGAAUGGUUCUCAAAAGAUAUAGAAUCUCAUGCCGAGAACAAGACGGGUAUCGAUGAAAAACAAAUAUCACGCCUUCAUAUGAUACUCAAACCGUUCAUGUUGCGACGAAUCAAAAAAGAUGUCGAGAAUGAGCUGUCCGACAAAAUUGAGAUAAUGGUUUAUUGUCCACUGACCAUACGCCAAAAACUACUCUACAUGGCGCUAAAGAAGAAGAUACGCAUUGAAGACCUAUUGCAUUUUACCGGCGGCGGUGCGGGUAGUGCCGGAGAUGGUCAUCAUUUUGAUAAGAAUUUCACAUCGAAUCUAAUGAAUUUGGUUAUGCAGUUUCGAAAGGUCUGCAAUCAUCCAGAGUUAUUUGAGCGACGUGAUGCUAAAAGCCCAUUUGCUAUGCGUUGUGAAGAAUAUGUGUUGCCACGAUUGGUAUAUUCUGAAUGCUUAUUUCAACGUGCUAUACCGAGCAAACGACAUUUGCUUUAUAAUAAAUAUUCGAUUUUCAAAGCUGCCUACAUUCAUCAAUCUCUAUUUAAUGAACUACCAGCUGGUAAAGGGAAAAAGACUAACGGGAAUUAUGCACGCUAUGUAGAUUUGAAUACCAAUGGGGCAUGCUGUUUUAGCUUCUCGCGAAUGACCGAUCUUUCACCGAAAGAUCUGGAGGAUAUCAGCAUUAACGGUUUAAUUUCUUACAUUUUACACUAUCGACGAAGGCUGACACAAUACGCUCUACUAGCCUAUCGCCGUCAAUGGUGGCCUGAGUACAAAUCUACACGUUUUCAACUGUUAGAGCCAAUGUUGGAGAAUCCGCUGCAGCGUAGUUUUAUGUGGGGGCAAAGUGUGUUGAGAGAAUUUGUCUUUACGGGCAUCACUAGUCAGGAAAGCACUGUUUAUGCUUUUGGCAAUUACAAAACUGUUAACAUUCAAGAGACAAUUGAACAUCGUGUUAUACGUAGUAAGCACGUCGAUUUGACGAAGCAUAGCGCACUUGAACGGGAAAGCUUAAAUGAGAGUCCAGCCAUAAAAACCGAGUUGGAUUUAGACGCAAGUGAAGAUGCUACGCAAUCAGGCAGCGCACAUGGGACAAGCAAGUCACCGAGGUCGGCAUCGAAACACAAAGAUGACGUCGAUGCUAGCGCAAAGUUGUUGCCAGAAUUUCCGCACUUGCCACGUACGCCCACCGAAUACCAGUGUGAACCGCUGGAAAUGCCGCGCUUUCUCUAUGGACUCAGCCAACGCGUACAGGCAGUUAAUAGAUAUUUAUAUUGUGAGAGUCGCGAUGCUGCCUGGGCUCAGAUACGGCACAUACAAUGUGAAAAUCCAAUCGGUUUAGAGUUAGUCAAUACUGCGUUGGAUCUAUGUCGUCCGCGUUAUGGUUGGUCUUCAAUUGUGGUACCCGAUAAGCAAACACUCGUUUCCGACGCGGGUAAAUUGGCUGUGUUGGACAGUUUGUUGACGCGACUUAAAGCACAAGGGCAUCGUGUGCUAAUUUACUCGCAAAUGACAAAAAUGAUUGACUUGUUGGAGGAGUAUAUGUGGCAUCGCAAACAUCGUUAUAUGCGUCUCGAUGGUUCAAGUAAAAUUUCAGCCCGUCGUGAUAUGGUUGCCGAUUUCCAAACGAGGGAGGAUAUAUUUGUUUUUCUACUCUCUACACGCGCUGGCGGUUUAGGUAUUAAUUUAACGGCCGCCGAUACGGUGAUUUUCUAUGAUUCUGACUGGAAUCCGACUGUCGAUCAACAGGCUAUGGAUCGUGCGCAUCGUCUCGGGCAGACCAAACAGGUUACGGUUUACCGGCUCAUCUGUAAGGGCACCAUUGAAGAACGGAUCUUGCAGCGCGCACGUGAGAAGAGUGAGAUCCAACGCAUGGUUAUAAGUGGUGGAAAUUUCAAACCAGAUACUCUCAAACCGAAAGAAGUGGUUUCGUUGCUGCUGGAUGAUGAGGAAAUCGAACUGAAGUAUCGCCAAAAAGUUGAUCCCGAUGCGCCAUCUACAAGCCAAAAUAGAGAUGUUGUUGGUGCAAGUAACGAUCGAAAGCGUCAGCGUAAUCCAAAUAAGCAAUCAUCGUCGACCGCACAACCAGGUGGUAUCACCAUACCAGCAGUGGGUAGCAGCGGCGCUGGUGGGGAUGAUGGCAAUUCCACCAUGAGCGGCUCACCGGCCUUUAAGCGAGCAAAACUGGAAGCGGCUGCCACAAAUGAUGAUGACUCUAUCGAUGUGGCUGCCACAUCGGGCACAUCGAGUCCGAGUACCAGUGCAGCGACGGCGACAGGCGGCAAUUUGGAACCAUUUGUACCCGGCGCCACCACCGUUUCGCACAACGACGACUCCGAUAAUGAGGCACUGAUUGUGGACUGUGAGAGUCCGUCGUUGCAUGGUGCCGAAUCGCCUAGGCAAGAGAAUCUCAAUUUCAUAUCUGAUGGCAUGAUGCGCUAUAUGCAACGGCUAAAGUGGCAAGCAAAGCAAAACCACCUUCGCCACCACCAUCAAUAACAACAACAGCAAUCAAGCCACAACAAGCGCGAUUCUCAAGCAAAUCUUCAAGCAAGCUCAAGAUCGCACAAGUGGCAGGCCACCACCGCCACCGCCACCGCUAACCAAAGUCUAGCAACAAUGCAAGUGUCAACGUUGCCACAAACAAUGUUGAUAUCGUCCGACCAUAAAACGAAACACUACAACAGCAUUGCAGUUGUAAAAGUUUUAGCUGAAAAUUCUUGAAAUAAAAAAGAAAAUAUAAUCAAUUGAAUUUGAAAUGCAAACGAAAUGAAAAAAUCUUUAUUAUCGUUCCACCAACAACAAAAACAACAACAACAGAUCCACAAGCAGAGCAAUAACAACGGUGACAUUCAAUGAUAGAGUUGCAAAUAAAAAGUGUUGCUGUUGGCACGAACGCAAGUCGUUUUACCAACGCUAUGCAUCACAGGCGCACUGUGAGUGGGGCAUAAUGUAACACACACAUACAUACAUACAUACAUAUACCGUAUAGCUACUUACAAAAAUAUUGUUGGUAUUGUUGUAAGAUAUUUGCUGGCAUUAUUUUGUGGAGUUUUUAUAUUGUAUUUGUUGUUUAUGAUAUUUCUAAGAUUCCCUUACUGUCAUUGAUGUUUUUGCUGUUGUUGUGGCUACUACCAUAAACGGUAUUAUCUUGUUGGGUGCGCGGCGCACGCGCAACACGCAUUCGAGGUCAUAACCCAAUUCCUUUGGCAGUCACCAUAAACAACAGCAACAACAGUUAACAACAUAAUAU